AUGCGCUUCAGCCCAGACGAGGGCGGAGGGGAGCCGGUUGGGGGCGGAGGGGAGGCGGACGGGGGGCGCGGGGAGGUGGACGGGGGAGGGGGAGAGGGGGAAGGGGUUGUGGUGGAAGGCGGAGGGGGGGAAGAGGCGGAACCGGAGCACUGGGACUGGCAGCCAGCGCCGCAGUGGGACGGGGUGGAGCCACACCAGCCCCACUCGCUGCAGCACAGACCGUUCGGGCAGAUGCUGUUUCCGUUCGCUGCCCCGCACUGCGAGUUAGUGGACACGGGCGGAGGGGAACCGGACGCCAGGGGAGGCGGCGGGGAGCUGCGCGGGGGAGGCGGGGGGCUGCUGCGCGGGGGAGGGGGGGGAGGGGGAGGAGUUUCCCGCGCAGGGCCCGGACUGGCAGCCAGCGCCGCAGUGAUCGACGGUGGAGCCACACCAGCCCCACUUGCUGCAGCAGAGGUUGUUGGCGCAGGGCGCGGAGGCGGAGCACGUCUGCUGCGCGCGCGCGCGGAGGGGGAGGGACGGGUGAAGCGGACUCACCGUGAGUGGGAAUGGGCGGAAACAGGCGAUGCGGGGGGACUGGCGGGGGGUUUGACAGGGAAUGUUUGGGGACGGCGCUAUCCAUGGCCAAUGCGGUGUUAA